GGUCUCACGCAAGGAUUUAAACCCCAACAAAAAAAUCCUCUAUUUUAAUUGGUUAUUAUUUCCAACUCAUCGUCAUCAUUUUUAAUAACAACUCUAAAUCCCACUGCCAUCAACGACUUCGUCGAAUCACUCAGCAAUAUCGCAUGUCAAGUAACCAUGGAUACCCACAAACUGUAAACCGUUGGGUCAACAUAUUUUCGCCUCCUCCCACUGGAAAACUGGAAGCAGAAUCAACCAGGAAGAAAAAAUUCAGAAAUAACAAUAAAAGUACAGCUGCUGGUGGACUGGUCGUGUGCCCCGGAGAUGGCAGAUGUCUGCCUUGAGGCAUCUGGCAUCGGUUUUUCCGCGCACUUCUUUCGGGUGAGGAAGUAUCAAUUUUAUUGAAAACUUCCGGGAACGUGCGAUCACUCGGAGUAACAAGGAAUCAUCAAUCAAUCGAACUGCAUUUUCUCAUCAACAAUUGCGGUUAAUUUGCGAGGUAACAAUGGCCUACAAGCAACAGCCCGUUCAGGAUGAAGUGGAGCUGGAGACGAUGGCAGAGGCUGAAUUAUCACGGCUGAAACGUCAGUACAGAAUAAUGGAGAAUGAUCGUAUCACGUACUCGGAAAAAGCUCGAUUACAAUUGAGAAAUCAGGAGAACAUGAUUGGAAGAUUGGAGUAUGAAAAAGCUGAGCUAGUUUUGGGGAUUAAAAUGGCCAAAUCCGAGGCUAAUUCCAGGAAGGACAACGAGAUGGAUGAGAAACUCAAGUGCCUCCUGGGGAAGAGAGCCAAGUACAUCGAGAUGAUUAAAAAUGAACGACAACAGAUUGAUGAACUUCAGGAGCAAAUUAUUAAGGUGUCUAAAGAAGUUCACGAAUUAAAAAUGAAAAUUCGGACAGACGCCCAAUCAAAAGAAAUAUCGGAGAAGCAUAAUCGCAUGAUAACAACCCUGGAGAACAGGUUGGAAGUCGCGACCAAGCGUUUUAACGUCGUUGUGGCUGAGAAUUGUCAAUUGCGAGCGAAAAUAGACAGUCUGCUGAAGGAGCGAGCGCAGUUCAACAUCCUCUGGGCUAAAAUGAUAGGCCAGCUCAAUACUGGAAAGUCCGUCAUCAAUGACCUCAUCGAACAGGCUACGAUAACGUUCAAUCAACGUGACGAGGAGCUCAACAAGAUUCACGCACUCAGAGAGCGAGGAGCGAGAGAUUUGAAAGCCCACACCUCGGAAAUGUGCGAAUUACAACGAACUCUCGAUAAUGAGCUGAAGCUCCAGGAGUUCCUGGGGAUAAAGGGACAGCACAGGGAAAUGGCGGAUUUGCAGGCGAAGAAGGAAGCCGAACGAGAAGCUAAACGCGAGGAGAUGAAAAAUAAAAUUGCUUCUUACACGGAGAUUUUAAAUCUUGUUAAACAAUUCACAGGCGAGGAUGACAUCGAUAAAUUAACAGCUCACUUCCUGAAGCAAGAGGAAGAAAACUUCGCCCUAUUCAAUUACGUGAAUGAACUGAAUGACGAGCUCGAGGGCUUACAAACACGUGUGGCCCAAUUGAGAGACGAAAUCGACGAGGCACGUGCCAUCAACGUACUGCGGGGCUGCCAGCAGGCGGAGACCCUCGAGAGGAUUUCAAAACAGCUGGAGGAGCAGACGGCACAGGCAGACGAUGCCGAAGCCGGUCUCACUGAGUGCAACGAGACCUUCGAUAAACUACUCCAGGGAAUUGAGACACUGUUUCAUAACGUCAAGUGUGAUAAUUCGUCUAUCUUAGAUCUUCUGGGGGAUAACACUCAUGUGACUAUGAAUAAUGUGAUGCUGUAUUUGGGGAUCAUUGAGAAGAGAAUAGGGGAGAUGUUUCAGAGAGUUCAUUGGGCUGACGUUGGGACGGGGAAGACGGAUGCACCGAGACUGGAUGAGGAGAAAAGAUCGAAAUUUAAAGCUCCUUCGCUAAGCCAACUCGCUCCUACCCAGCCCUGUCCUUUAUGUGUUGAAAAAGAAGAGUUCCAAGUCGUGACAGAAGGUCCCAAAGCUCCCCUGACGCGUGGGGAAGUCACCGAGAAGUUGAAAAAUGUUCUCGAGGAAGAUCACGCGGAUAUUUUGCACAACGUCUCGGGGUGUCACUUACCAGCAGCUAAAAAAAUUAUUCAAAGGCGAUACCAAUAA